AUGAGGAUCAGAAACAGUCAGAAUCACCCUCAACGCUCCCUUUCACCUCCACAACCGCCAUCCUCUCCUCCGCCUUCCAACCCACCGUCUGAUCAACAGCAGCCGCAGCAUGUCAUGGUCAGUAGAAUCAACGCUCGACUUUCCUCCAUUGACAAUGGCUCUGAUUCCAAAGAUACCAUUGAUAGUUGCUCCAUGUCAACUAAUGAGAGUCUUGGGCAUACCAUUUUUGUGCAGAGAUCAACUUCAAGCAACUCCGUUUCGUCUUUCCUAUCCUUCAAUGGGCAGUGGUGCGAGGAAGAAAAUACAAAAUCAUUGAAGAAAAGGAGAGUAGUGACGGAUGCAUUAAUGGAGGAGAGGAAUCAAAGCCAGAGGUGCAAUAGGGAGAACGGGAAAGGAUGGAGGUGUAACAAAAUGAGGGUGAAAGGUCGUAGCUUGUUCAAUCACCAUUUGGAGAUGCAAAGGAUGAGAAAUACCCGCUGCCCCAUCACCGGAAAUGAAGAAGAAGAAGAGGAAGGAGGGACGACGCCAUUUGCUGUUAGUGGAAACCAGAUGAGGGAAAACAAGAGGGUUAAGGUGGUGAAGAAGGCUCGUUGCAUUAGUAGCUUGCUUAGAGACACUGUUCCAUUGUCUUAG